AUGACUAUUAGCGAGGUUACAGAAGGAGAUGAAGAGAACCCUCCUCCUUUUCUUGAUUAUGAUACCAUUUCAAGGCCUAGACGGAUUGCACUUUUUGUCGAGCCUUCUCCAUUUGCAUAUGUAUCAGGGUAUAAAAACCGGUUCCAGAAUUUCAUCAAAUAUUUACGCGAAAUGGGCGAUGAGGUGAUGGUUGUGACAACACAUGAAGGAGUACCCCAGGAGUUUUAUGGAGCAAAAUUGAUCGGAUCACGGAGCUUCCCCUGCCCCUGGUAUCAGAAAGUGCCCCUGUCUCUAGCACUUAGUCCAAGAAUAAUUUCAGAGGUUGCUCAGUUUAAGCCUGACAUAAUACAUGCAUCAUCACCUGGGAUAAUGGUCUUUGGUGCACUUGCCAUUGCAAAACUGUUGUGUGUCCCCAUAGUGAUGUCUUAUCACACUCACGUUCCCGUAUACAUCCCAAGGUACACUUUUAGUUGGCUGGUGAAGCCCAUGUGGAUGGUCAUAAAAUUUCUUCACAGAGCCGCUGAUCUCACACUAGUGCCAUCAGCUGCUAUUGGGAGGGAUCUUGAAGAAGCUAGGGUGACAGCAGCUAACAAGAUUCGUCUUUGGAAUAAGGGUGUUGAUUCUGAAAGCUUCCACCCCCGUUUCCGCUCUCAUGAAAUGCGAAUGAGAUUAAGUGACGGUGAACCUGACAAGCCAUUGAUAGUCCAUGUUGGACGACUUGGGGUUGAGAAGAGUUUGGAUUUUCUCAAAAGGGUCAUGGAUAGGCUUCCAGGAGCAAGAAUUGCAUUUAUUGGAGAUGGGCCAUAUAGGGAGGAGCUGGAAAAGAUGUUUACUGGCAUGCCUGCUGUAUUUACUGGGAUGUUGGGAGGAGAAGAGCUCUCUCAGGCAUAUGCUAGUGGGGAUGUUUUUGCAAUGCCUUCGGAAUCCGAGACACUUGGCCAUGUCUUCAGGAAUUCCAGUAGUGGCAGCUCGUGCCGGGGGAUCCCAGAUAUAAUUCCUCCAGAAUAUGAUGGCAAAACUGGGUUUCUUUUUAAUCCAGGGGAUCUUGAUGACUGCUUGAGCAAAUUAGAACCUUUGUUGUAUAACCAAGAACUGAGAGAAACCAUGGGUAAGGCAGCACGUCAAGAUAUGGAGAAGUAUGAUUGGAAGGCAGCGACUAAGAAAAUACGCAAUGAACAAUACAAUGCUGCAAUUUGGUUCUGGCGCAGGAAUAGAGCCCGGCUAUUGAGACCUAUCCAGUGGCUAGUAAAACGUAUCUUCCCAUCUCCAGAAGUUGACUGCAAGUGA